CUGGACAAGAAGGGCGUGCAUGUUCUGCUGCUGAGCUGCCAGGCCCGGACGCUGCGUGGUGGCCCGGACGCCCUGGAGGCCACUCCUGGCGGGACCCUAGGACUUGACCCUCCCGCGCCUCCGUGGGGCCGCCACGUAUCUCCCUCGGGGUUCUGCAACCAGGUUUCAGAGGCAGAAGGUCAGAUUGUAGGAGGCCAUGCUGCCCUGGCCUGUUCAUGGCCGUGGCAGGCCAACCUCCGUCUGCAGCGGGUGCAUGUGUAUGGAAGGUGGGUGCUCAUAGCCACCCACUGCUUCUCUGGGUCCCCGAACUCCUUCAACUACCAGGUCCAUCUGGGAGAGCUGGCCAUCAUGUGGUCCCCCUGCUUCUCCACUGUGAGGCAGGUCAUCCUCUACUCCAGCCCCCCAGGACCACCCGGGUCCAGUGGGGACUUUGUCCUGGUGCAGCUGAGCACCCUCGUGGCCCUCACCAGCUGGGUCCUGCCUGUUGGCCUCCCUGAGGCCUCUGCUGACUUCUACCCCUCUCCCGGGACUCGGUGCUGGGUAACCAGCUGGGGCUAUAUGCAGGAGGGAGAGCCUCUGCCACCCCCAUACCACCUACAGGAGGUGGCAGUCUCUAUAGUGGACACAAAGACCUACAGCCAGGACUAUCCCAGCCCAGAGGGCAGUACCAUUCAGCCGGACAUGUUGUGUGCCCAGGACCCCAGGGACGCCUGCCAGGACAGCUCCAGAGGGCCCCUGGUCUGCCAGGUGGAUGGCUCCUGGCUUCAGACUGGCAUCAUGAGCUGGGGCAAGGGCUGUGGCCAUCCUGACCGGCUGGGGGUCAAUACCCGUGUCACUGGCUACGCGGGCUGGAUCCGCCAGCAUCGUGGGACUCAAGGUCUGGAUGGCCGGGGCUCCCCCAUCCUGGCUGGCUUAUUCCUCCCAGGCCUCCUCCUCCUGCUAGUCUCCUGUGUUCUGACAGCCAAUUGCCAGCUGCAAGUCUGGGGUCGUGCUCCCUCCCCAACCUCUGACCCCUGA